AUGCCCUCUCGACGGUCUCACACUAAAUCCCAUCACGGCUGUGCCCAGUGCAAACAUCGUCGGAUAAAAUGUGACGAGUUUCGGCCUAUUUGCGGCUCCUGCCAUAAGAAGCACAUCAGAUGUUCAUUUGAGGGCCAAAUCACACCCCAAAUAUCGCAUCACAGCUUUGCUGCUUCCGGUACCCGCGUCGAUCUCAUUCCGAGAAAUGACGGCUUCCAACUCCCACUGUUGGACUUGGAUCUCUUGAACCACUGGCACGUGGCGACCGUGCGGACACUGGUACACGACAAAUCCACAGAGAAGGUUCUGCGGGAGUUUGUCCCACAGGAGGCUCUAUCGCAUCCGUUUUUGAUGCACAGUCUAUUGGCUUUAUCCGCACUUCACCUAAGUCACCAUGGCCCCGUCGAGAGAAGACACAAGUACACCGAGGCCGCCAUGACGCACAACAACAUUUCGCUAUCUUUGUGUAAGCCUCUUCUAAAUAAUGUAACUUCAGGAAACUGCCAUGCUUUGUUUGCAUUCUCCUGCUUCGUCGUUAUGUUCUCGUUUGCUGCGCACGGACCAAAGGCCGACCCAGGAGCUCUGCGCCUGUCGGCUGUUCUUGAGGUUUUCAUGUUAAUUCGGGGUGUAGCUUCAAUAGUGGGACAGGCUCGCCCAUGGAUUGAAGCGGGCGGCAUGCGAGAUUUACUGAAACUCGGCGAGCAGCCACGUGAGGAAUCAAAGACAACGCGUGCGCGGGAAUUAUAUACUCGCAUAUCGGACAUUUAUGACAAUUUGAGACGGUCUUCUCGGCCGGACUGCUAUGAUAGCGAGAGCUUAGUGAUUGAAGAAUCCGUUCAAAAGUUCCUUGACCUGCUGCAACAGGCAAUCAGUGUGGCAAAUCCGGUUCCCUCCAUUAUGAUGAGGUGGCCUGCCGUGGUCAGUGUGAAGUACCUGGAUCUGUUGCAGGCAAAUCAUCCCACGGCACUGGUGGUUCUCGCUCAUUAUGGUGUUGCACUGGAACUGAUGGCUGAGAAUUGGUGGUUGGAUGGGUGGGGUGCGUUUUUGGUGAACAUUGCUUUGUAUCGUUCGGGACCGGAUUAUGGGCCAGAGCUUGUAUGGGCACGGAAAGCUAUCACCCGGGAGUGA